AUGUCGGCUGCACUUAUCAAUAGGUCGCUUAUGAACAUCCGUACCGAGUUGGAGUUUCUCCAUGACUCUGAGGUGAUUGACGAAAAGCUCUUGACCGCUUUGCUGGAGUCCCUUCCUCCACGCUACUCCAAGGGAAUGGACACUUGGGGCGUGGAGAAGCUUACUGGAGCUGCUCCAGCUGCUCCAGCUGCCAAGGAGGCUCCAGCUGCCAAGGAAGCUUCAGUCGAGGAAAUCUCCCUGAACCUUGCUAAACUGAAGAUCCAGGACGAUAUCUCACCUCCUUCUAAUCCUUCCCUGGCUAGAGUGCCUCCACGUAAACCAGCAGAGCCUAUUGGCUACUGUAAGGCGUUGUACAACUACGAACCUCAGGAGGCUGACGACUUGGCUUUGACUAAGGACGAUAAAUUGGCAGUGGUGGAACACCUUUCCCUGGACUGGUGGAAGGGCUAUAAACAGUCUGACGGUCCAGACACGGCUGGUGUGUUCCCUUCAAACUACGUUUCGGUGAUUUCGGCCGUGGAGUUUGAACUGGGCCGUAAAGAAAAGGCUGGAUUUGAACCAAGAGAGGUUCCUUCGCCUGCUGCUCCUCCUUACGACCAAGUGGUACCACAACCAACUUACCCCCAGUACCAGCAGUACAACGCUUCUCCACAGCCAUACAACCCAUCGCCACAGGGCCAGCAAAUGCAGCCUUCGUACGGCGGCUACGCCCAGUAUCCUCCACAAUCCACAAACUACUAUCCCCAGCAACAACAACAACAGGUUCAGCAGCAGCAGUACGAGCAGCAGGUUGAACCUCUGCGCCACGGCAGGGGCCACGAGGAGGCCAAGAAGUUCGGCGGUAAGCUUGGUAAUGCCGCUAUCUUUGGUGCUGGUGCCACCAUUGGUUCCAACAUUGUGAACUCCAUCUUCUAA